UUGUCAGGGGUCAGGACAUGGGUUUCAAUUUUGGGGAAGUCCCUUUCUAAACUACAGACAGAGUUUUUACAUUUUGGUUAAGACAGCCUAAAAUCAACAACAAAGUUUGGGAAACGUUUGGUGUUCAAGUAUUUAAGCAAGUUUUAGUCUCAUCAAAUUACAAUGGAGGAUUUUGAAGAGUUUGACGACAAUGAUUUUGACAUACCAGAAGUUAGCGUGCCAACUCUGGAAAGUAUUUUAAAUGAGUCAGAUGAAGCUGAAGAGGACCCACUCACAUUUUUGAAUGAAACAAAUGAAAGCAAUCCUGAUGACGAAGCUAAUACUAAAGUAAAUGGAAAAGUCAAUGGUACAUUUUUACCAGAAUUGAAUGUCUUAAAAAACUGGGAAACUUCUUCAAUUACAAGCAGCGACAGCAAAAAAGACAAGUCUACUUCACUUAACCAUGGGGAAGUGUUGGUGGUCCAGAAAAUGGAAAGUCUUUCAAGGCAGAUGGUAUCUGCUGUUGAUAGAGUGAAUGCUGGAAGACCAACUUCUCUUGCUGUUUCAAACCUGAUAGCAAUUGGUACAACGAGAGGAUUAGUUAUUCUAUUCGAUUCCUCUCAAGCAUUGAAAUAUUGUCUUGGUUCAAUUCAAAUUGGGUCAAAGUACGGCUCGGUAACUGCUCUAACAUUCAACACCGACACCACACGUUUGUUGGUGGGGUAUGCAAAAGGAGAGAUUCUAAUGUACGAUGUGACUAAUGGAAAACUUCUACGAACCAUUACGGAUGCCCAUCCACCUGGUUCUGCUGUGUUGCACAUUAAGUUCACAGAUGAUCCAACACUGGCAGUAUGUAACGAUAGUGGAGGUUCUGUGUUUGAGUUGAAUUUCAGGCGGUUAAUGGGUGUGCGCUCAUGCGAAUCGAGAUGUUUGUUCUCUGGAAGUCGUGGGGAGGUAUGUGCCAUCAGUACUUUACAUUUAAACAAGAACAUAGCAGACCAUCCACUUAGAGAUCGGCAUAUGUUGGCGAUGGGAACACUCACUAAGAUCCUUGUCGUCGUAUUAAGACCUCAAAUCAAAAUAGUUUUCGCACACCGCUUAACUACCAACCCAACGUGUGUUCCAAUGUUAGCGUGGCAACUUACGGUUUGUCACAGCGAAGGAAUGCGACUCAUUGAACCAGUUUUACUAUUUGGACGGGGCGAUGUUCUUUAUUUCUUUCAGGUCAAAUGUGAUGGUUGGGACGCAAUUAACUUUGUUCAUCUAAGGACAAUGAACAUCACCUACAAGUUAAUUAAUAUGGCUUGGCUUAACUCACGAACCAUUCUAUUGCUUGAUGUGAGAGAAAAUCUGCAUGUAGUGGAUGUGGAUUCACAGACAGGGUUACAAACGAAGUCAAUUGAUCACACCAAGCUUAUUUACAGCAGCUCCGCAUUUAAAUCUCUUGCAAAUGGAGGAAAUGUCAGUCAAGCCCUGGCUGUUAUCGGAGAGCAUGCUUGCUACCACUCGAUGGUGCAACACAACGGAAAGGUUUAUUUCCUUGGGGAAGAGUCAGUUCUUGCAUCCAACAUCACAACUUGGAGAAAGAGGAUCGACUUCGCGUUGGAGAGAGGACACAAACAUGCACUUGAUCUCGCUCUUAUGUUUUAUGAUAACUCUGCAAAGGCAGUUGUUGGUUUACCUGCAGAUCCGGAACAGCAGAAGAAUUUGGUCUCAGAUGUGCUGUUGGAUGUUCUGGUAGAAUUUGUUGACCUGUCCAUGACCAAGCUCUGUCCUGACAGUGGAAAGUUACAAGUUUUGAUUAGCUUUUACCGCAACGUUGUACCGGUGUGUGUCAACCACUGUUUGCAUAUUGGAAGAGUUGACGUGCUUUUUGGAAGAAUAUAUGAAAGAUUUCGUGUUGAUUGUAUAGCGCACGGUGCUUUCCUUGAAUGUCUUGAACCUUAUAUAAUGAAUGAUAAAUUACAAACCAUCAGCCCUGAAGUGAUGCAGGAUUUUGUGGCUCAUUACCAAGCUAAAGGUAUGCUUAGCAGUGUUGAGAGUUGCCUUCUGCAUUUGGAUGUUUCCAGCUUGGAUUUACACCAGGUGCUUCAUUUGUGCUGGGCUCAUGGGCUUUAUGAUGCAAUAAUAAGCAUUCACAACCGUGGCAUGAAAGAUUAUUUUGGUCCGUUAUUUGAACUUCUAUCCAUUUUACAAGCUGCGUUAAGUACUGGUGCCCCUUUAAGUGAAAAGAUGACAACUCUUGGAAACAAGUUACUUGUAUAUGUAAGCUGUUGUUUAGCUGGUGUUGCUUAUCCACAUGGUUUGUUAGAUGAUGAAACUUCAACAAGUGUAAAGAAUCAGAUGUUUGAAACUUUGAUACAUCCGAGUAUCAGUGAGUUAAAGACUCACCAACUCUACCCCAUCAUUCAUAUCUUUCUAAGAUUUUCCACCAAAGAAUUUCUUAAUGUCCUUUCGCUGUCCAUUUCUGAGCCGCACUUUCAGGGAAGAGAAGGUUUUUCUAAAGUUCAAAACUUUGUUGAUGUUCUGCUCCAAGUAAUGUUGGAAAGUCAAGGUUUUCGGCCUGAUCAGAUUGGAUGUCUGUUUACGUUCCUUGCCCGAUUGUCAGCUCGACAAAACUCACAAAUUCAUUUGAAUGAAACGUUGAAACAUCAAGUAUUAGAAUUUCUCACCACUCCAAGUGACCAUGCUACUGAUCAUGAGGAAAGACAACAAGCACUUGUGGAUUUACUGCAGUGUGGUUUUAUUGAGGAAUCCUACACUCCACGCUUGGUGCAUCUAGCUGGACAAGCUUCAUUUUUUAGAGUUUUACGUUUUCUACACACCCAGCAAAGAAAAUUUGACCUUGUGUUUGUUGCUUAUGUUCAAGACCCUGCACAAACUGAUAAUACAUUCACUUACGUGGAAGAUGUAUUGACAAGCCCUCAAUAUACUGAGCAGGAGAAACAGAUGCUAAAAGUAAAAGUUCUUGAGCAUAUUAAGGACCUAAUCAACAUAAAUGGUAAAAAGUCCGUCAACCUUGUCACUAACUUACUACAAGGAACAAUUCAAACAAUUGCUGCUAAACUUCAUGACGAACCUUUUGUGCUCUACACUUUCCUACGUGGAUUAUUCAUAAACAGAGAUGAUGAACAAACAGAUUUCAUUCAAGAUUCAUAUUUUGAUGAUGAUGUGACAUAUGAAGCUCCAGCUGCAUCAACUGACCCAGACACAUGCGAGCUUUAUCUAUCACUGAUGUGUCAGUUCGGUCGAGCAGAAGUCUUACAGUUUGUACAAGAUUGUGAAUACUGCAGGCCACAUAAGGCACUAGAGAUAGUAAGACGUUAUCGUGUGGACGAAGCAACUGCCUUUCUACUUGAGAAGAGCGGUGACAUCAGCGCUGCUUUUAACAUUUUACUUAACGCUGCUCAUGAAAAAAUCAAAUUGCUCAGUGAAGAUGAUGAAAGUUUACAUCAAGAUGAUGCAAUGUCGGCAGUAGAUGAUGUGAUUCGACUUUGUCAGAGAAACUCAAGAAAGUUGCAGGAGAAGCAGAGAGAGAAACUUUGGUUUUCCCUUCUUGAUGUUGUGCUGAAACCCCAACACAACAUGGAUAUGAGUGAGGAUAAGGAAGUAGCAAAACAACUUGCCCAGCGUGUGCUUACCUCCAUGAUUGGUCACAUGACAUUACCUGCUGUACUGCAGAAGAUUAUACAGGAUCCAGCUUAUAAAAGUGGAAAGUUUGGUGAAAUAAGAAACUUGUUGUUGGGAAUGUUAGAGACAUAUCAAUAUGAACGAACGUUGCUUAAUACAACUCUUAACUUACUAGGCAGAGACCGUCAUCGUUCAUUAGCAAGCUUACAUAAGAAUGUUGUUCAUGGAGUCGCUCCUAAAUCACAGUUUUGUCUCAUCUGUGCAAAGUCAGUGCUAAACAAUCAACAGAAAACAGAAAAUCUGAUUAUCUUUAGGUAUGGUAAUGUUUACCAUGAAAAUUGUCUCAAUAAAGAACGGAGAGAAAGAUCUUCAACAAAAGUGGGAAAUGACGUGAGAAAUUUUGAAUCUAACAAGAAAAUGGAAAACUUUCGUGAUGGGUUACUCAUGGAAAUGAAAAAUCGAAAUUUAAAGCAAACACCAUCAACUGCAACCAAAAGUGGUCCAGAUGUUUCAGAACAGAGUUUUAAUCCUAAAAACUUUAAAUUACGAACAAAAGCACCACCUAUUAAAUUUUAGCAGUUAAACAUUAAACAUAUACACAGCAAUUGGUUAAUAUGUGUUUUGAUUUCGUAUUUGUGCAAUAUCGAAGAUAUAAUUCGAUUUUAUUCAUUUCAUCCAUAUUUUAUGUUUUUCUUGUAAUUCAUUUAUUUUAGUUAAUCCUGAUGUAUUUGUGUAUGUUACAAAUAAAUUCAGCAUUAUUUUG